AUGCAGUGGCCCUCGCUCAGCGUUAUUCUCUCCGAGAUAUUUCUAGGAUACAUCGUGUACUCGAUAUACACGCUGUCGUUGCUGUUCGUGUCACCAGCCUGCGAGGAUGGCAAGCUGUGCCUCGAGUCAUACCUGACUGACCGGCCGCAAUUGGACUUGUAUAUUUAUAGCUCCGUUAAGAGAUAUCCCAUCGGUAAAAAUGCCGAUCUCGUAUACUCGGCGCAAAACUUUGAUUACGAACAAACGCAAGCCAUUCCAGUGAUUUUAACUGUACCACGUGAAACGCGGCGGAAUGGAACAUUGUUUUUACAUAUACUCUUAGUGCCUCCUUCCGUAAAACAGGAUAGAUCAUUUGUUGAUUUACAAAAAGAUAUAUUUACUUCAUAUACUACUAUUAAAAUGACACAAUAUAUAAUACCUGAAGCAGAAGUAUUCAAGUUGUUGGGUAACAAGAAUAAUAGCAUGAAGAAAGUUGAUAGCCAAACUGUCAUACGUCCAGUGUCGCAUAUGAAAAGUCGUAUAACUUUUACAAUAAUGACAGACAAUGUCAUACUUCCUAUACAUGGCAUGCCCACUGAACUUCUGCAUCAUAUCAAAAUAGUCGGCAAACAUAAGUUCUUGCCAAUUGUAAACUGUGAUUUCUUACAAACCCGACAUCGAGAUCUUAAACGAAUUACUCUGCAAGAUAAUAUAAUGAAUGUCACAGUAGAAUAUUCACCUAUCUCUUUGGGAAAAUUAAGAUUGAUGCUACAUGUGCAAGCAACCAUGGAAAAUCUCAAGAAUCUUGGUUUUUCCGACAAAGAUAUCGAUGAAGUGAAGGGUAUUUUUGCAGAUACCAAUAUCUACUUACUGGGUGGUACUUUCUUUAUCGCAGCUGUACACUUGUUGUUUGAUUUCCUCGCUAUUAAAAAUGAUGUUAGCUUUUGGCGGAAGAAGAGUAAUCUUAUAGGUCUCAGCAAAUGGACCGUGAUAUGGCGUGCAUUUAGUCAGACUGUGAUUUUCCUUUAUCUUUGCGAUGAAGGUUCUUCCUUACUCGUUCUCAUUCCGACCGGUGUUAGCACUGUUAUUGAGAUGUGGAAAUUAAAAAAGAUAUCGAGAGUGGAAUUGAUUAGCAGCGGUAGUAUAUUGCCAAAAAUACAAUUUAAAACCGAUGACAUUGAUGCGGCAGAGGUGAAAACUAGAGAAUUUGAUGCUGAGAGUAUGCGUUAUCUGAGUUAUUUGUUAUAUCCAUUAAUUAUCGCUGGUGCCAUCUAUUCGUUAUUUUAUCAACCUCAUAAAAGUUGGUAUUCUUGGAGUAUAAAUUCCUUGGUAAAUGGAGUUUACGCGUUUGGAUUUCUCUUUAUGCUACCGCAAUUGUUUGUUAAUUAUAAAUUGAAAUCCGUGGCGCACCUGCCAUGGAGGGCAUUUAUGUAUAAGGCAUUUAAUACAUUUAUCGAUGAUGUAUUCGCUUUCAUUAUAACGAUGCCGACAGCUCACAGAAUAGCAUGCUUCAGAGACGACGCCGUCUUUCUGAUUUAUCUUUAUCAAAGAUGGUUAUACCCGGUAGAUAAAUCACGUAUGGAUACUGAUACGAUUACUGAAGAAGCUGUUGAUCUCGGCAACAAUACGAAUAAGAAAACGAAUUAACAAUUUUGAUUGAUCAAUAUCAUUGUUUUCGUUAUCUAAAGUUCAAAGCUUUCGUAACAUCACGUUGAAGCGUUGCCAGGUGCUGGCAAAUAUUAUUUAUAAUAUAAUGUAAAAAUAUACGUAUGCAGUUGUUACAAAAAA